CGGACUAUACGGUACAUCGGAGCAGGCUGCGUUGGUGCAAAAGUUCAAGUAAGGUUGGUUCUUUUUUCUUCGGAAAUAGGAUUGAAAAUUCUUCUUCAUGCUCUUCAAUAAUUUUUAAUGGGUACCUAUCUACCUGUGUCGAGAUGACAGCUAAAUAUAUUGGUCGUACAACAUUUUCAAAUGUAGAAUCAUCUCUCUCGAUGCUAUUGUAAUUCAGGAAAUUAAAAAAUUGUUGAGCCUGCUGAGAUAAAAACUUUUCAAAAUCAAAUUUUUUAUACAUUUUAAGUAAAUUUGCCGGAGCUCAGGCUUUAAUAUACCUAUUGGCUAUUCAAAAAAAUUUCCACCAAUUAAAAAUUACCUUGCGGUAGGGACAACUUUGGCACUUUGAGCUUUAAUAAUUUGCCACUGGCUGUUUAGACUGAGAAGCCUUUCGAUCGUUUUGAGCUGUUAUUAGGUAUUUUAAUUCAAAAUGUGAUUUUUUAAAUCCAAUUCUGUACUUAUUAUUGAAUCAUCAUGAAAAUUAAUUUUCGAAGUAAUUUGUUUGGAAUUCUGCAAUAUGGGGCCUAAACGGUUAAAAGUUUCAGAAGGACUUUAAAGCGCAUGUUUUUCAUUUGGAGAGCUGAAAUGAAGUAAUGAUUUCCACCAGUUUGUUUUAUUGUUUGAGAAAAAAUUAUAUUUUAUAAAAAAGUUAAAAAUAUUGCUAGGUCAUCUAGUAUAAAUGGAUAAUAAAACAGAUUUGACUUUUCAAAAAUUAUCUAAAAAUGAAACUCUGCAUUUUAUAAAAUUGGCACGAAGGUUUUUUUUCGAAUAUGACCCAAUACUUUUUCAGUAUGGUGUGAUACUAAGUACUUAGAGUGAGUCGUUUUUCUGUUUUUCAUCGUCCAUGUAUUUACCUAUUUUAUAACUUUUUUUUCAAUUUGUUGACGGUCUACCAAAAAAUUAUCGCCAAAUGCAUGAACCCCAAUUCAAAGUCUUAGGUCGAUGUCUAACCCCUGCUGAUUCAUUAACUAGGCUUCAAGUUUCAAAAAUUUAAAAAUUUUCCAGGUCUCGACUUUUUUUUUCAACGUUUUCUUGAAUUAUUUUGUGAAUCAGUUGUUCGAUUGCAAUAAUAUCACAGCACCCUUUGUACGAGUAAAAAAAAUCUUAUUUCUGGGAUACGCGAAGUACCUACGAGUAUAUGAGUAUAUGUAGAUAAGGACUCAGCGCAGCAGUUCCGCAAGUAGAUAAUUAAUAUGAUCUCAUCAAGUCAUCAGUAUUUUCAUGUAUGCAGUUCGGUUAUCAACGUACAUUGUACAGCCAUACUCGCGUAGUUUCCUAUACUAACUGAUGCUUAUUUGCUUAUUUGCUUACCCAAGUAUACAUUUAUAUGAAUUUUUUUUUUACAACACAUCCGGAAAAAUUGUUUAGUAUGCAAAAUUCGCGUCGAAAAAUUCUCCUAUAGUAGUGCUUCUUAUUUUAUUUGCGUAUCUACCUACAAAGUAUCUGGUUAAUAGAUAAAAGAAAUAUAAAUUUAAAUAGAAUUUGAGUGUUUUUACUUUUAAGGCAUCUACGUCUCUCGGUUUUGUCCCAUCAUACAGUUUAUUUGUAUGUUGAUAAUUUUACUCACGUUUUUUUUGUGAUUGUACAUAUCUGGCAUCUAUGUACCAUGGAUAUUAAUAAAUAUUUACUAAUCAGCACCGUUAUAUUAUUCGGCUCAAGUUUUACAUUCGUGUCAUCUGCAGAAUUAUGCUCCAUCGCAAAACAUUUCACAGACGGUUGUACACAAUGUAAUUUCCUUGCGUUUGGCCAAGAAAAGCAAAUCCAUACUGUAGAACUGCCUUUUGGUUUACUGAAAAAAGAUAUUGAAAUAACUCAUGCCUGCGGCCUAAGUGAAGAUUCAUCCGAGGACUACUGUUGUUAUAAUUGGCAUCGUAAACCUUACUGUUGCAGUCGUUUCGGUCAAAUUGUCAAUGGAGGUGCAUGGUUGUUCGUAACUGGAAUGAUGCUAGUUGGAAUUUUCGCAGCUUUACGAUAUUAUUGUAUUCAUAAAGCAAGCCAACGGGCUCGUGGUAGAUAGAGAAUACCAUCGUCGUGAUUUUUUAAAAUUAAUUUUUGCUCGUUGAUGUUUUGAAAAUAUUCUCUUUCCAAAUAGGUACUUACAUGUACUUGUUUUGCAGAGAUUAGCGACAUUGCAAAUCAUUCUCGGAUUCGAUCAUUUUCGUUUCCAUUCUCUUUUUGAAAUGUGACAAAUUUUCUUGAUUUUUUCGAGGCAAAAAAUCUCCAAUUUAUCACCUUUAUUUGACCAGAAACAUAAUUUCAAAACUGUUUUCGAUAAUUUAAAAAAAAAAAAAAAAAAAAUUAUGAACAUAAAAUGAUUUUUUUAGCACGCUGGAGGAAAAAAAAUUAUAUAUGUAGCUAAUUAGCUAUGUAAGCUAUAUAUGUACUUUUACUGUAAAAAAAAUAUUAUUAUUUUCGUUAUCGAGUGAAGACAUUAUCGACAUGUACAUAGAUACUGAUGUUUUUAUAUUUUUCAUAAAAUAAAGGUCAAUUAUAAGACA